GCGAGCGUCGCGGCUGUUGGCUCGCGCCGCUGCGGCCUGAGACGCGUACGACGGCAGCUUGCUGGAUCCAUGGAUGGAUCCAUGGAGUCCGAGAGCCCCACGUUGUACGAGUACGAGCCAACGAAUAUUUUUAGCUUAGACCUAGUUCUUGAAGGGUUUCUAUUGAAAGAACAGAGCGGUAGGAAAUCAUAUGUGAAGGGAAAAACAAUUACAUGGAACGUAGACUCUGAAUAUUUCACAAUGGAUGUGCUCAUGGAUGGCUUAGGUGCAGAGCUGAGAGUUGGCAGGAAUCAGAGUGUCACUGUGUGGUAUUUUGACAUGAUAAUGGCGCAAGAUGUUAGACUAACUCAUAAGGAUCAACUUCAUGUGAUGUUUCACAUGUACAAAGCAGAGAAGAAGCUUACAUUGACCGUUGUUGUGCUUGAUAACUCUGAUUCUGAAACUCCUGUACCUAUCAUUGACAAUGUUGUUCAUGUGCCUGAGGCAACUAUUGCUGAUAAUGAUGUGCUGCUGAUGGGUAUGCAAGAUUUUCCUUUAAAGCAAUCUGCACAAGUAGACCCAUCUACGCUAGUUCUAGAAACUGAUCCAUUUGACAUGGUUGAGGAGUACGUAGGGGUAGAUGAUGAGUACAUGUAUGUUGUGGAGCCAUCUGCUCCAGUCCCAGUGGAAUCUAUUGAGCAGGGCAAUAAGAUUUGGGAGGAAGAGGAUACUGGCGCUGAUGUGUUUGUGCAUCAUGAGGAGGAAGAAGUGAUUGAUAUUGAUCCUGCAGGCUAUACUGUGGUGCAUGACGCUGAGAACCCAGACAUAAGGGUUGGGGCUCUCUUUCCUGACAUUGUGACUUUCAGAAAAUCUAUAAGGCAACAUGCUAUUUUAGUUGGGUUUAAGUUGGCUAAAAUCAAAACAGACAAAACUAGGUUCAUGGCUGAGUGUGCACAUGGGCCAUGUCCAUGGCGCAUACAUGCAUCCACACUGCAAGACGGUAGAACCGUGAUGAUAAAAACACUUCCAUUUGAGCACAAUUGUCCAACUACAAAAUUGUCAAUUUGCACAAUGGCUUCACAAGGAUGGAUUGCAGAUAAGAUUGGGGAUUGGGUGAAGAAAAAUCCUGGUGUUGGUGCAAAAGACGCCAAAGGAAAGUUGGAAGAUGAGUUCAACAUCAAGCUGAAAUAUAACAAGGCUUGGGAUGGUAUGAAGGUAGCACUUUAUCAAAUUCAUGGUAGUUAUGAAGAUUGUUUUCCAUUGCUUUUUAACUGGAAAGCUGAGAUAGAAAAUAAAUGCCCGGGGAGUAUUAUAGAGAUAGAGCUGUUAAAAAAUGGAGAUAAAUAUCAUUUUAACAGAAUGUUUGUUGCAUUCAAGCCUUGCAUCGAUGGUUUCUUAGCUGGUUGUAGGCCCUAUGUUGGUGUGGACUCAACAGCACUUAAUGGCAAGUUUAAGGGUCAGUUAGCAUCAGCAACUUCUGUAGAUGGGCACAAUUGGCUAUAUUAUGUAGCAUUUGCUGUGUUUGAUUCAGAAACCGGUGAAAAUUGGAAAUGGUUCAUGAAACAACUACAUAGAGCUAUAGGUUCCCCACCUGGUCUUGUUAUUUCUAGUGAUGCUUGCAAAGGAUUAGAGACUGCCAUUGACCUUGUGUUCCCUAACUGUGAAAACCGAGAGUGCGUCAGGCACUUGUAUGCAAAUUUUAUGAAGAAAUUCCAUGGUAAAGUGUACACAGAAAAUCUUUAUCCAGCUGCAAGGUCUUUCUCACAUCGAAAGUUUAUGUAUCAUAUGAAGAAAAUUAGGGAAGCAAAUCCAACAGCUAUUGAAUAUCUAGAGAUUCAUCACAAUAGGUUGUGGUAUAGAUGUGGUUUUGGCGAGGCCAGUAAGGUUGAUUAUCUGACGAACAACAUAUCUGAGAGUUUCAACAAGCAAAUAAAAGACUUCAAAGGGAUCAAUGUCCUCAACCUUUUUGAUAAAAUUAGGGAGAUCAUCACAGAGAAGUUCUAUAUUAGAGGUCAAGUAAGUAAGCAGCUAAAGGGUAGGAUUCUUCCUCAUGUCAUUAAGCAACUAAAUGCUCUCAGCAAAACCAUUGGUCGAAACAAGAUUCUUUGGACAAGUGAAAAUGAGCAGAAGUCACCUUGUUGGAUCUGAAAUUUGUCAAAAGACACAUUGUUAACUUAAAAUAUAGAACAUGUACUUGUAGAGUUUGGCAAGUUUCAGGAAAGACAUGCAUGCACGCAUUGGCCUUCAUUUGUAGCAUUAACGGUGCUGAGAUUCAAACAUAUGUGGAUGAUUACUAUUCUGUAGAAAAGUUCAAGGCAGCAUAUGCUGGGAACAUCCCUUCCAUGACAGAUAAGUCACAAUGGAUACAAGUGGAUUUGGGUUUCAAGGUGCACCCUCCUUUGCAGCAAACAGUGGCUGGUAGGCCACGAGUUCAGAGGAUUAGAGGAUGGCUAGAGCCCGGAAGGAAAAUAGUCAAGUGUAAGAGGUGUGGUGAAC